CGCUCGCUUUCUCGAUCUAUAAAUGUGUUGCAUAGACCGAGAUGAGCGUUAAACGAGGAGGAAGCCGCUCUUCCUCUUCUUCUUCUUCUUCUUCUUCUUCUCCUUUGCAGCAUCCACUAGAAAUCCCUAAUCAUAGACCAAGUGCCACUUUCGUCCCCACCCGAUCCGCCCCGGGGACGAUGGGGAUCGCCUCCCAGGAUGCGAUCAAGCAGUUCUCUGCGCUCGUGGCCGAAGUGGACGAGUCGUUGAAGGCUGCGUUUCAGAAUAUCCACCAGGGGUAUCCAACUGAAACAUUGGUGCGCUUUCUUAAAGCUAGAGAGUGGAGUAUUCCUAAUGCACAUAAGAUGCUGUUGGAUUGCUUAAAUUGGAGGAUACAAAAUUGUAUUGACGAGAUAUUGGCUAAACCUAUAAUUCCAGCUGACUUGUAUAGAGGAAUUCGUGAUUCACAACUUGUAGGAUUGUCAGGAUACACAAAGGAUGGUCACCCUGUUUUUGCUAUUGGUGUUGGCUUGAGCACAUACGACAAAGCAUCAGUUAACUAUUAUGUGCAGUCACAUAUUCAAAUGAAUGAAUACCGGGAUCAUGUAAUCUUGCCUGCUUCAACCAAGAAAUGUGGGCGACAUGUAGCCACAUGUGUGAAAGUUUUGGAUAUGACUGGUCUAAAGCUUUCAGCAUUGUGCCAAAUAAAGUUAUUAACCAUCAUAUCAACCAUUGAUGACCUAAACUAUCCAGAGAAGACAGAGACUUAUUAUAUUGUGAAUGCUCCAUGUAUAUUUUCUGCAUGUUGGAAGGUUGUGAAGCCUCUCUUGCAAGAGAGAACAAGAAGGAAAGUGCAGAUACUGCAAGGUUGUGGCAGAGAUGAGUUAUUGAAGAUAAUGGACUACGCAUCUCUUCCCCAUUUCUGUAAAAGAGAAGGCUCUGGGUCGUCUCAGCACUCGUCUUCGGGAUCUGAUAACUGCUUCUCCUUCGACCAUCACUUCCACCAACAGCUCUACAGCUACAUUAAGCAGCAAUCACUGGGUCGAGAAAUUGCUGCACCACUGAAACAAGGGUGUUUUCACGUAGAUGUGCCUGAACCCGACCCCAAAGGAGUCAACAUUGUUAAGACGGCCAUCGAGUCACAGCUCCAUAAAAUUGGGGAUCGGAACGGGCUCAGCCGCUCCUUGAGUGGUCUCAAGAUCAACAUUGCGUAAAGCUGUUCUGUUCAAAUAUUAUCUCCAUCCUCUCUGCUGCGUCGCAGAAGUCUAAGCUAGCUGAUCACCGGGUGAACAAGCCAUAGUUUUAAUGUCUUGAACCCAAGUUACAUUGGGGUAUAGAAGCAAGUUCUUGCAAUCUCUCGACGCAGGCUUAGCGCCGAGGAAGUUGAGUAGCCUAAUUACGGCUCGAAAAAUUUUCAUCCAUGUAAAGAAGGGAAGAAGCUAGAGAUCACAAGUAAUAUAAUUGACUCGAGAGUUAUCUAAAGAACCUCUCGCUAGUCAGGCUCUUGAAGUUGUUACUUAAACCUACUAGUGGCAUAUUUCAAUUUUGUAAUGGAAGCAUUAAAAUUGUGUUGAGGACC